AUGGAUAAAUUCCUAGUCCGGGGAGCUCUGAAGCUCACACCAGAGAAGAGAAAGCAUCAGCCAAAUGAGGGGGAUGGAGACUGUACCAAGGAACAGAAGGGGACAGAGGAGAAAAGGCCCAGGCUGCCUGUGGCCCUCUCAGAUGAGCCCUGCCAGGGACGUGCCACCCCUUGGAGGGAAAUUCGGGCCGAGGGGCUGAACUGCCACUACACGAUCCUGUUUAGCAGAACCGAGGCUGACAGGCUCUUCCAAGAAUUGGAAAAGGAAAUUGAAUAUUUUGAAGGGGAGUUUACCAAACUGCAGGUCUUUGGCAAGUGGCACAACAUUCCAAGGAAGCAGGUGACCUACGGUGACCCUGGGCUGACCCACACUUACUCGGGCGUCACCUUCUCUCCCAAACCGUGGAUUCCAGUUCUGGAGCACAUCAGGGACCAGAUCCGGCGGGUCACGAGCCACACCUUCAACUUGGUUCUUAUUAACAGAUACAAAGAUGGACACGAUCACAUUGGGGAGCACAGGGACGAUGAGCAAGAGCUGGUCCCUCACAGCCCAAUCGCUUCAGUCUCCUUCGGGGCCUGCAGGGACUUUGUCUUCCGGCACGGGGCUUCCCGGGGCAAAAGAGCCUCGUGCCGCAUCGAGCCCAUCAAGCUGCAGCUGGAACACGGCAGCUUGUUGAUGAUGAACUUCCCAACCAACCGCCACUGGUACCACAGUUUGCCCAGCCGUAAGAACGUCUUGGCUCCGAGAAUCAACCUGACCUUUCGGAAAGUUAUGGCUCUCUAG